UGCAAGACGUCCCAGAGGAACCAGUCGAUGCACCAAGACAACAAUAUAUUUCGAGGGGACGUAAAAAUUAUAUCACAACAGUAACGAACGAAGGAAAGAGAUACCGAUAACUGGGAGAGCUACUUUUUCUACCGUGGCAUCUAGUUCAACUGUACAGGUCCGCGUGCGCCUAUGAAAGUGCCAAGAAGACAGCUGUUCCUCUUUUCCAAAACGACUAGGCGCACAAGGUCUUUGGAACAACAACUGCUGUUGCAUGCAGUCAUCUGCAGAGGUUACUGUAUGAAGCUUUUAAGGCCUUUAUGAAUGAUCGGCCGCUCGAUGGGGAUUCACCGAGGAGCUCUCACCUGUGUCGCCUCCUCCCCUCUGCCCCGCCGCCUGCCCUCCCUCUUCUGCACCUCCUCCACACACAUCAUGAAACUGGUAUUAACUGAAUGGCAAUUGAUAUGGAUUUUUACUGAUUCCAGUAGACAGUAAAGCAACAAAAACACAAAAAGGGAGGAAAAGCCAUAUCUCAUUUUCACACGUCCUUCUUUACACCAAAUAAACCUGCCUGUGGGGUACUGUUCUAGGCUGCCUGAGCAGGCCCACCCUGAAAACAACACCUCUCUGGAAAACACAAGGAAUGUAUCAUACGCUUUGAGAGAUUCUUAUUUUUCUUCCUUCCUGAUUACCUCGUUUGAGGACAUUGUCGGCAGAGGGAGCUAUACUUUGAGGACCAGCUCACACCAGGCGCCACCAGUGUAUGGAUACAGAUCUAUUUUUAAUAAAAUUUUUGAAUAUAUUGUUUUUCUCUGGAGCCUGAAGUGUUGUGCGUUUGGCCGUGUGCAUGCCUAAGAGGAAGAAGAUGGCUCCCCAGAACUCUGAGGCCGAAGCUGUGCAAGUGCAGGGGGUGAUGGUGGUCCCUGCUGCUAAGAAAACCACCACAGGCUCUGCCUCCACAGGGGAUAGAGGAGGUGGUGUGGUGCUGGAAUCAUGCCAGGAGGAGUCGGUGAGCGAGGGGUCUAUAGACCGGAUCCCCCUGCAGCAGUGGGUGAUGCACGGAGCCGUCAUGUUCGGACGAGAGUUCUGCUACGCCAUGGAAACGGCCUUGGUUACGCCUGUACUGCUGCAAAUAGGUCUUCCAGAACAGUAUUACAGCCUGACGUGGUUCCUGAGCCCCAUCCUGGGUCUGAUCUUCACACCUCUGAUUGGCUCAGCCAGCGACCGCUGCACCCUGAAAUGGGGCCGGCGACGACCUUUCAUCCUGGCCCUGUGUGUGGGCGUGUUGUUUGGAGUGGCACUCUUCCUCAACGGGUCACUCAUCGGUCUUGCUGUCGGCGACGUGCCAAAUAACCAGCCCAUAGGGAUCGUUCUGACGGUGCUCGGUGUAGUGGUGCUGGACUUCAGUGCAGACGCAACCGAGGGUCCCAUAAGGGCUUACCUACUAGACGUGGCAGACACCGAAGAACAAGACAUGGCCCUCAACAUCCACGCCUUCUCCUCUGGUUGUGGGGGAGCGGUGGGCUACGCGCUAGGCGGUCUGGACUGGACCCACACAUUCCUGGGCUCUAUCUUCAAGUCCCAGGAGCAGAUUCUCUUCUUCUUCGCCGCCAUCUUGUUCACUAUCUCUGUGGUGCUGCAUCUGUUCAGCAUCGAAGAGCAGCGGUACAGCCCCCAGCAGGACCGGCUGGACGAGGAGGCCGACGCUGGCUCCUCCACGGCCCACAAGGCCAACUGCUCCCUGGGGAAGUUCCAUGGCCACAACACCCCCCACAUGGAGCUCAUAGGAGAGGACGACAUCUACGACCCUUGCGAUCGUUACGACCGUUACGAGUUCUACGGGGACGGCGAGGGGGACGAGGACGGGCGCUCAUUGAGCGACAUGGACUUCCUGGAUGUGGAGAUGGUGAGGUCCAAGUCGGACUCGGUUCUGCAAAUGGCCGACGCCACACUGGAUCACCUGGACCACGAUGCUCUGUCCCUGCUUCACAUCGAGCCCUCCAUCUUCGCCGACCGCCUGUCGUCCUACCACGGCUCUCCACCACGCCGCAGCAGCAGCACAGGCAGCCAGGACCUCCUCAAAACCUCAAAAAAGAUCUGCCGGCUGUCCCAGUUCCUGCAGGAGCAGGACCGCGACGGGGAGGUGGCGCUUCUCAACAACCAGCUCAACGAGCAGAAGACGCCCAACGGCCGGGCGCACGCCAACAGCUUGGGCCAGGGCGCCAACGGGCACGGCUGCAUGGUCAUGAAGAACUCGGCCAGCACCAACGCCUCCAUGCGGCGCCGCCGACACAUCUUCUACCGCCAGCCAUCCUGCACCUUCUCCUAUUACGGCCGCGUGGGCUCCCACCGCUACCGCUACCGGCGGGCCAACGCCGCGCUGCUCAUCAAGCCGUCGCGCAGCUUGAACGACAUCUACGAGGUGCAGCGGAGACAGAAGAGGAAACAGCAGAACCCCAGAGCGCGCCACCAGUCAGGCAACACCAACUCCAGCGGGGACACGGAGAGCGAGGAGGGGGAGACGGAGACCACGGUCAGGCUGCUCUGGCUUUCCAUGCUGAAGAUGCCUCCAGAGCUGAUGAGGCUCUGUGUCUGUCAUCUCCUCACCUGGUUCUCCAUCAUCGCUGAGGCCGUCUUCUACACUGACUUCAUGGGCCAGGUCAUCUACCACGGCGACCCCACGGCUCCUGCUAACUCCACGGAACUGCAGAACUACCACAAAGGAGUUCAGAUGGGCUGCUGGGGGCUGGUCAUCUAUGCCUUGACCGCUGCCUCCUGCUCAGCCUUACUGCAGAAGUACCUGGACAACUUUGACCUGAGCAUCAAGGUUAUCUACGUCCUGGGUACGCUGGGCUUCUCCAUCGGUACGGCCGUCAUGGCAAUCUUCCCCAAUGUCUACGUCUCCAUGGUGAUGAUCAGCAGCAUGGGCAUUAUCUCCAUGAGCAUCUCCUACUGCCCCUACGCCCUCCUGGGACAAUACCAUGAGAUGAAAGAAUACAUCCACCACAGCCCGGGGAACUCCAAGCGGGGCUUCGGCAUCGACUGUGCCAUUCUGUCAUGCCAGGUGUACAUCUCCCAGAUCUUGGUGGCAUCGGCGCUGGGCGCGGCGGUGGACGCCACGGGUAGCGUGCGCGUCAUCCCCAUGGUGGCAUCCGGCGGCUCCUUUCUGGGUUUCCUCACCGCCUGGUUCCUGGUCAUCUACCCGAGCCACGGCGAUGCGGAGGCCAAGGGCGAGCAGAAAGCUUUAACAGGGCCCGCCUCUGACAACAGCGGCACGGAGAAACCCAGUGUCCUGAAACUGACCAAGAAAGGCGCCGCCACCACUACGUGUAACGUUGAGUGCGAGUCCACUCUGUGAUGGGGGUGAGGAUGCAAAUGACAUCAACGAAUGAUGAAAAGAAAAACUGACAUUCCCUUUUCCGCCACCCAAGACUGCUGCAUGGCAUGGGCUUGACCGACCUGCUCUUUCUCUGAGACACAUGGGCCAGGAUGUUUUAAGGUUUCGUUUUUCCUUUUUCAUUUCAUUUGGGGCCUCUCUCUCGUGUCGCGGUCUCAGAACUUUGGUGUGGCGAGGAGAGGACAAUCAUCUCUCUCUCUCAGGGCCACCAGGAGCCGCCAUCAAGGCGGUCCGACUGGACAGGACAGAUCAGGGGACAAUGGAUACACAUGCACGCUGAACUGGGAUCUCUCGAAAAAGACAUGCACUUCACUCUCGCACUUCCAUUCAUGGAUCAAGACAAAAAUAGUUUAAGAGAUAUUUUAUUCUUCAAAUAAGUGAAUCAUUUGAAAAUACUGAAGAUUCCUCUUCCUUUUGAUUGAACAUUUUAUUUAGUUUAUUUUACUCUAUAUAUUUUGACAUGAUAUUGCAGAAGGACAUUGUAAUCACCAAAUGUGGCCAGGCCCGGUAUAAUUUACAGGGUUGAUGUUUUACUUUUUGGACUUUAAAGGUUUUUAGUGGCUUUAAGAGGAAACGGCACAGGUAUAAGGAGGUGAUUUCUUGGUUAGGAGAGCAACUCCAAAGGCAUUGUUUGGUAAAUACUUAUCUUAUUUAUUUUAUUGUAACACAUACUAAGUUGUCAUAAGACCAGUUACACUAUAUCUACACGUAUAUAUCUCUAUCCUCUUUAGUCAUUUAUACUAAGGAUCCUAUUUUCCACAUUUCAGUAUAAAUCCUUCUGAGAUCACGUCCUCAAGGGCAUUACCAUUGACGGAGAACAGAAACACUUUAAGGAAAUGUUUAAGAGAAAGAAUCUCAGUGCUGCAUUGGAGUUACGGAGGAGUGCAUACCAAACGAAGGAGAGAAGCUGAGGAGCGCUGUAAGGAGCUUAGAAAGUUUUCUGUCUCAGUGAGAAGAAACAGAUUUCAGGCUUUAUUUCCCUUACUAAUUAUUCUUGUUUCAAUUGCAAUGUUAAUGGAUUGUGUCACUCGCUGCACAAUUUUCAGCUGUUGUCCUUUGUUUGAGGAUGUUACUAAAACUAGCUAGAUGUUUGUCAAAUGUGGGAGUGCGGUAAGGUGGCGGGUCGGGGGAGGAGCCCUUAGGCAGAACUUAAACUGUGCAGGAAUUCAAGUUGGUUCUUUUCCUACCACAUAGGUCAACUAUUUUCAGUUUCUAACUGAAUGAUAAUGAAGUAAUGGGUCUUAAAAGAAGAGUAAUAUCCUCUCACUUGUAGUCUGUUUACAUUUUAGAAACCUGGUUGCUGCAUGGUUUGGGCCGUGUGGCAAGUUGUGCUGUGCUCUGAAGCAGCCCUAGCUAAAUGCUAACCCGCCAUGUUGGCUCUGCAUGGCCUCCAUACAGUGCAUUGGGAAAGUAUUCAGACCCCUUCCCUUUUUCCACAUUUUGUUACGUUACAGCCUUAUUCUAAA